CAUUGCGGUUUACGCGGGGCCGCGUCUCUGUUUUAUCAUUAUUGAUACAACAUCUGUGUGAAAUGUUUUAGAAGCUGAUUGUGUUGAAAAGUUUGUUUGUUUGCUAUAAUAUCCCUGUUUAUUGCGCAAAUUAAAUACAACACAUACGUUUAAUACAUCUUAUUAGUUAUUUUAAAUAAUUAAUCAUGUCAUGUUUACAGUGAAUAUAUACACAUGCCAAAAGUAUUUUUCAUCAGUUUAUAUCGCAUCGACUUUUAAUAUCACGUUGCGUUACAAAUUUAUUUGCUGUUUCCAAGGUGAUAAGUUAAAGGAUAUAAGAUAUAAAUUGAAUAAAUACACAAAAAAUGUAUUCGAAUAAUAUAAUUAAAAGAAUACCUGGCGAUAUACUUCCUCCUUCAAAAAAAGAAAGCCAAGGCUAUAUCAAUGAUUUAGGAAAGAAACAGAAAUUUGAAUUGGAAGAGCUUUUAGAAAGACAGAAUAAAAUUCUUGCUAAUAAGAAAUUUAUUUCUAAUCUUCCUGACAAAGGAGAAAAAAUUAUAAAUUUUUAUAACAAGAUAUUAGAAGAACUUGAGCAUAAAAAUGAAAUGGAAAGAGCUGCUAAUUUGCUAUCGCAGCUUAAUAUAGCAUCAGAAGGCAAAGCAGCUAUGAGUAAAUUAGAAUGGACAGGAAAAUAUGAUGAUAAAAAUGAAGAAAGUAUAACGAAAAUUGAGCUAGAUAGUGAUGAUGAGGAUAAUCCAUUAAAAAUACUAGCACAACCCACAGGAAGUGGUGUUCAUAAAAAAAAGAUUAUACAUUUAGCUCCUGAGGAGAGUCUUAUUAAGCCAGAAGACAUAACAGAAAUAGAAUCCUUCAAAACAAGUCCUUUAGAUGUGGAACAUGUAAAAUAUAUCGUUGAUAAAGUAGAAAAAGCAGAAGAAAUAAAUAAGAAGGAACCAUUUAGGCCAUAUAAAACGACUAAAAGUGAUGUGCAUAAUCCUAUGAAGGAGAAACAAAGGAAGCUGCAUAAAAACUGGGAGGUCACAGCAGCUACACCACCUCUUAUAGUUCAUGGAGCAGCAAAGGUCUUAAGUCUUAAUGAAUCCUUAAAAUUGCAAAAGGAACAAUCCGAAAAACUACAGGAAAUUCAAGCAAAACAUGCAGUGGAACGUCUGGCUAGUCAAAUAGGAUUACAUAAUAUUGGUACUGCUCCAAGAAACAUUGGAAGUUAUCGUUUACAACAACAUAUGAACGGUUCAGUUUCAUCUUCUUCGUCUGACGAUGAGGAAAAUGAAGUACAUGAUGAAGAAGACAAUGACAAAGGUGGCACAGUAGUGUUUACUGUGGAUUCUGUGGAAAGUUAAUAAUUGUCAUACUUUUGCAGAAACAAUUAUGUGUACUAUAAAAGUGUACUAUAAAUUAAUUUAUUUUUAUAAAGAAAGUUAUUUUUCUUAUA